GGUCAUCUCUAGUGUCGAUGACAAACAUUUUUGUAAGAUUAAGCAAACGGGGAAAUUGCCAAAUUUUAGAAAGAAUUUCUUAAAACUACAAUAUGAUUAUAACUGUAAAAACGUUACAACAACAAACAUUCACAAUUGAUUUUGAUCCUGAAAGAACUGUAAGUUUUGGAAUUAAAAAUCAGAUUUUUAACGAACGAGGUGUUGACUACAUCGUAGAAAAACAAAAACUAAUUUAUGCUGGGGUCAUAUUAACAGACGAACGAACUAUAAGUUCGUACAAGGUCGAUGAGAGGAAAUUUAUAGUUGUAAUGUUAACACGCGAUCUAAGUGGAAGCGGCAACUGUGGAAAUAGUUCAACUACAACUACGGUUGUCGUCCAGCAACAUAAGCAGCAGAGAAGCUCAAAUGAAACCACAAAUGGGAAAGCAUCAUCCACGGCAGAUCUUAAGAGUAAGGCAGAAUAUAAAGCGAAUGAUGGUGAUGAAUUAGAAGCACGUACUAGUAAAGGAAACCUGGGAGGUGGAAACAGUGAGGAACAAAAGACAUCAACAUCUGCAGACUCUGGUGUAGCGCCAGUUUCAUUUUCAAACAUCGAUUUAGUUGGUGGUUUAGCUAAUGCUUCAUUGCAAAAUCGUGCGGAGUCCAAUUUAAUUAUGGGUGAAGAAUACAAUACUGCUGUUGCAUCCAUUGUUGAAAUGGGCUAUGAUCGAGAUCAAGUUGAACGCGCAAUGGCAGCCAGUUAUAAUAAUCCUGAGCGGGCUGUGGAAUAUCUGAUAACUGGAAUUCCACUGGAGUCUAAUGAUUUGAAUACUAAUACUAAUAGUAAUGAUGAUGCUGAAAAUACUGAAGAGUCAUUACAUCAAGAGUCUUUGAGUGAUUUGCAAACACAAUCAAUAUCUGAUCCAUUUGAGUUCUUGCGUACUCAACCACAAUUCUUGCAAAUGCGCGCAUUGAUCUAUCAAAAUCCGCACCUGCUUCAUGCUGUUCUGCAGCAGAUUGGUCAAACAAAUCCAGCACUUUUGCAACUCAUUUCGGAAAAUCAAGAUGCUUUUCUACAAAUGCUUAACCAACCGCUUGAAGGAGAAAUAGGGACAAUGCCCAAAAUUGGUCUAGCACAGACCCCAACGAAUCUAAGGCAUCAAACCGGAAACUUAGGUUCAGCAAUUCUGCAGGAGUCUACAGGGGAUAAUAGCCAACGGUCCGUUGCUAGAGCAGAGAACGCACUGGAAAAUGAUCCUAGUAUAAUGGCUCCAGAAUAUAAUUUACCGGAAAGUUUGACAACUAUUCGCCUGACACCCCAAGAUCAAGACGCCAUAGAACGACUGAAAGCUCUUGGAUUUCCAGAAGCCCUUGUUCUGCAAGCCUAUUUUGCCUGAAAAAAUGAACAAUUAGCCGCAAAUUUUCUCCUUUCAUCAUCUUUCGACGAUUAAAAAAUAGUCAAAUGCUGGCAUGUCUGCAUAUAUGUAUUUAUGUAUUCCCACAUAAAAGAAAAUGUUACGAAUAAAGUAAGAGAUAAUUGAUUAACUCGAA